UCUUCUUUUUCCGGCAACGGCCUUCAUUUUGUAGCUUCAAAAAACGGAGAGAGUGAUCUUCAGCUAGAGAGAAUCAAUGUUUACUACAAUGAAGCUAACGGAGGAAAGUACGUACCUCGUGCGGUUCUUGUCGAUCUCGAACCAGGAACGAUGGACUCAGUCCGUUCCGGAACAUUUGGAGCACUAUUUCGUCCUGAUAACUUCGUAUUCGGACAAUCCGGAGCUGGAAACAAUUGGGCGAAAGGGCACUACACCGAAGGAGCAGAGCUUGUUGAUAGUGUUUUGGAUGUAGUUCGAAAGGAGGCUGAGGGUUGCGAUUGCCUUCAGGGAUUCCAACUUACCCACUCCCUUGGAGGUGGUACCGGAUCGGGCAUGGGUACUCUUUUGAUUGCUAAAAUCCGAGAAGAGUAUCCAGACCGAAUCAUGGCAUCGUUCUCGGUUGUUCCAUCGCCCAAGCGCAAAGUGCUAGAACGGACAAGAUUGAAGUUAAGUGUGUAAAA